AUGGCCGACAGGAUGGCCAAUCAGUUAAGCUUGGACGAUGUAAGAGAGUUUCUGAUUUCUCUAAGCAACACCAUCGAUAGAACUGUUACAGUUUAUAAUGCUUCUGACCUAGUAGGAUUAGAAAUCUGUGAAAGAAGGCUUGACGAACAUACAAGGGUACUUGUCGCUAUAUCGCUGUCACAAAGUGUUGCAGGUGAUUCAUCAUUGGGAGAUUUGUUUGGAGUUUUGGUAGAUUCCUUAGCUGUAUUAUUGAGACAUCUCUCUAACAUUCUGAUUACGUCAAGCUCCCGUGAAAGAGAGGAGAGGUCUGUCACGUAUUGCAGAAGUACAGGAGGAAGACCAGCCUAUAACAUUACGAAGGAGCUGAUAGAGCAGCUUCGUGAGACUGGAAUGAACUGGCGAAGCAUAGCAACGUGUUUAGGAGUCUCUGAGCAAACACUUUACCGAAGAAGGGUACAAUUCGGAAUCGAUAACAGUUUCACAGAAAUCGCUGACGAUGAAUUAGACAGGCAAAUACAACAAACCCUAAAUUUAACACCAUAUAGUGGGGAAUCCUAUGUUAGAGGCAGUCUGAAAGGGAGGGGAAUAAAUGUUCAAAGGUCCAGAAUAAGAGAAAGUUUGAAACGGAUAGAUGGUAUUGGGAGAGCUGUGAGGAGAACGUACGCAAUCUGUCGAAGGACCUACAACGUGUCUGGUCCAAAUCAUUUGUGGCACAUUGACUCGAACCAUAAACUUAUUUCAUGGAGAUUUAUUAUCCAUGGGUGCAUUGAUGGAUACAGUAGAGCCAUUGUUUAUCUAAAGUGCUGCAGAAAUAACAAAGCAAAUACUGUUCUCCAAUAUUUUGAGCAGGGAGUACAAGCGUUUGGUCUCCCUUCCAGGGUUCGAGGUGAUCAGGGGAUGGAAAACGUUGAUGUAGCAAGAUACAUGAUUACCAACAGGGGGUCAGAUAGAGGCAGUUUUAUUGCUGGCCGCAGUGUGCAUAACCAACGCAUUGAGAGGUUGUGGGCAGAAGUUAACAGAGUUAGCUCCGCACUUUACAAGGAUUUAUUCCAGUUCCUUGAGAACACUGGUACCUUGGAUUCACUUGAUGAACUGCACUUGUUGGCUUUGCAAUAUGUAUACUUACCAAGGAUCAAUGCAUCUCUAGAAGAAUUCACAAGGCAAUGGAAUCAUCAUGGGAUCAGGACAGCAGGUCAUCAAUCACCUUUGGCACUGUGGUACAGUGCAAUGCUUACUGCUCCAGAUGAAUCCAGCAUCAUAAAUUGGCAGACAUAUGGUAUUGACAAUGAUGGCCCUAUCUCUGACAUUGAAACCAACAAUAAUGUCGUUGUGCCAGAAUCACACCUCCAGCUUUCUGAACAGCAACUUCAGGAAUUAGAGCGCAAUGUGGAUCCCAUUUCUGAUGAUGGAAACAAUGGCAUUGAUCAUUUUGUUAAUACUGUGAGGAUUAUCGAAAGCUUCACUUCUUGA